GGAGCUUCCACUAAGAAUUUGUGAUUGAAUAUACUGUCGCCCUGGAGAUGGCAGUCCUAGCUCCAGCCGCUUCCGGCAUACCGCCGAAUUCAACAGUCUAUGUCCGAAACCUUGAAGAGAGAAUAAAGGUAGAGCAGUUAAAGGAAGCCCUAUCCGAAAUCUUCUCCGAGUACGGCUCCAUUCUUGAGAUCGUCGCAAAGACAAACGUCAAGGCGAAAGGCCAAGCUUUCAUUGUGUUUGAUAACGUCGACUCUGCAACACGCGCUAUUGAGGAGAUCAAUGGGUUUGAGUUGUUCGAAAAGCCCAUGGUGUUGGACUAUGCGAAAACAAGAAGCGAUGCUACGGUCUUAAGGGAAGGGGGUGAACAGGAAUUAGAGGCACAUAAGAGGAAAAGAUUGGCUGAGAAAGAAAGAAAACAAGCCCAAGAAGCACUCGAGGCCCAGAAGAAACUGAAGAGACCGGCCGCCGCCACCGCAGAUACUCGCCCAGCCAAGACAACGAGAGGAGCAGGCUUGAAACCAACUGGUGCUGCUGCUGCGCCGGUCAUACCAGAUGAAUAUCUUCCACCCAACAAGAUUCUGUUCUUAAGAGAGGUCCCGGAUUCAUAUGAUGCGAGUGGCCUCACGGCUAUAUUCAGCCGCUUCGAAGGAUUUAAAGAAGUACGUAUGGUCCCAGGUCGAAAGGGAAUCGCGUUCGUGGAGUAUGAAAAUGAAACCGGAGCCAUCAGUGCAAAGGAGGCAACAUCUGGCAUGGCGUUGGGCGAGAAUGGAAAGCCAAUGCGGGUCACCUACCAGAGACAGUAGUCAUGCGGGGAUUCUCCCGUCUUUUUCUUUUUUUUUUUUUUUAAAAAAAACUUUGUGGGAUGAUAUGACAAUACUCUUUGGUCGUUGGGGCGUCUGGGUGGUU